CAAAGACAGUCUUUUUAGACACAAAGUUGUCUCUUUUUCCCUCUUUCUUUUCAUUUCCUUUAUGCUUUGGAGCUAAAUCCACAGAUCUGCCACCAGGGUUUGGAUGCUAGUGCCGUUCUUCGCACUUAUCAGGAGGAAAGGAAGUCAAAGUUCAAAGCUUUAAUACAAUUUGCUUCCGGGGAAUUGAAUCUAAACCCUCGGCCGAGAUUUUCUAGUUGCUAUAGAGGAGUAAGUAAGAGUUCUCCGUCUGUACUAAUGAUUUCCUUCUUCUACAGUUAUGGAUAGAACCCCAUUUCCUCUUUUUGUUGAUUUCCCAUCUUUCCUUAACCAGAAUCACCUGGUAUGAGGUAGACAUCCAAUUCUCUCUAAGAUUAAGGUCAAGGAUUGUACUACUUUGGUGGAAUUUGUUUUGUGAAAAUGAUUCAGUUGCUAUUUUUGGUUCUCUUUGCUGAGGGUGUGAUGGCAUUUUUGCUAAUGGUGAGAAUUGGACCAUUAAGGGAGUUAGUGAUGAAGGGAUUGGAUCAAAUCAAGAUGGGUAAGGGUCCAGCAACCAUUAAAACAGUUGCUGGUACUAUGUCUGUGAUUCUAUUGUCCAACUUCUUUAGUAUUGUCAAGAUUCAGAACAAGGGUGUUAAGGUUGGGACUAUGACUCCCAUGGAUCAGGUUCUCUGGAGGACCAACUUGCUAGAGGCAUCUCUGAUGGGAUUCUGUCUGUUUCUUGGUUUCCUAAUUGAUCGAAUGCACCAUUAUCUUCGUAAACUAGCCACCCUGAAAGAUAGAGUUGGAACAACAAAGGUUGACGUGCAUAAGCUGGAGCAAGAAAACCUACAACUUAAGGAAAAGGAAAGAAAAGCCAAAGACGAAAUGAAAUUGCUGCAGAAAGAGGUUUCAAGUUUGAAGGAGAUGGCAAACAAACAGAAGUUGGAUCACGAGGAGAAAGACAAACGCGUUGAAAAUGCAGAAACCCAUGUUGCUGCUCUUCAGAAACAGUUUGCAGAUCUACUUCUUGAAUAUGAUAAUCUCUUAGAGGAGAACCAAAAGCUACAGGCCAAACAAGCUGUCGGGGCUUGAUGAUAAUAACACUUCAUUUUUCGUAUAAUUUCAUAGAGUUUAUCAUCUUUUUUGUGAUUAUGGUUACUUCUCUGAAUUUUGAUUUUGCUCCACAUUGAUAGCGAUAUGAGAUAGGUUGCCCCAUAAUUGUAAAGUAGGUUGAAAUUAUGGGUGAGACUUAAAAGAUUCUCCAUCUGCUGAUGAACGAUGUUAGGACGAGUUUGGCAUCAAAUUUAAGUCCAUCACCUUGAACUAUUGUCGCAGUGUAAACCUAU